AUGCAACCUUUGUUCACGUAUAAUAUCCCACUGACUUCAUGGUAUAUAGUGGUAACUGAUACUUCUAAUCAUUUUUAUUUUAAUAACGACGACAAAUGCUCCUAUUGGCAAUUAUAUGAUCUACAGGAACAAUAUGACAUUGAUAUUCCCAAAUUUGUUGAAUCGAUAAACUAUGACGAAUUGAGUGUGCUCAUGGCCAAAUCAAGAGGUGUAAACAUAGAAUUAAAAGAUGAAAAAGAAGAAGUGCUGUCUAAGUCAGUGGGGAUGAAAGAAGAUGAGAUAAUAAUUGAAAAUGUUCAAUCAACCCCUGUCGUGAGUUCACCACCACAACAACAAGAAAAAGCACAAGCAAUUCUUGCUGGGUAUUCAUCAAGUGAAGACGAUGAGGAGGAGGAGGAGGAGGAGAAGAAGAAGGACAAGGAUGAUUAUGAUGAUGAUGGUGAGAAUGAAAUACCAAUCAAUAUUGAUGAAAUCACAGAAAAGGCGAUUGCACAAUAUAAAUCACAAGAAGAUGAACAACUGUCAGAUGAUGAGGAUGACAAUAACUCCCUUGAUUUAUCAUUAGAUGAUAAUGAUUCUUCAAAUUCUAUUAAACAAGAUUUUAUGAACUUAUUAAAUCAAUGUUCUGGGAAAUUUUCAAUUUAUGAUAGUUGGGAUUUAAUUGAAGAAGAAUUAAUUGAAGAGUUUGUAAAAUAUCCUGAAUUUUUAGCUAUACUGUCCAAACAAGAAAGAGAAAAUAUAUUUCAAAAAUGGUGUUCCCAACAAGAACAGGAAGAAGGUGAGUCAAACAACGAUGUGGUUAUUGAAGAAAAUACUGGUAUUUUCCCGACUCCAAAGAUAAAAUUCUUAGAAUUUUUACAAGAUUUCAAACUGGAUAUUAAAGAUUCAUUCUAUCAAUCAUUUUAUGCUUCAAAUUAUAUUAAAAUUAAUGAAUUUGAUCUACUGCCAACUAUCAAAGAAUCUAUAUUUCGGAAUUAUAAAUUAAUGCUUAAUAAUUUCACUAAAUUUGCCAAAAAUUUCAAGAAACAGAAUAAAAAUUCGAAUCAAAAUGUUAAAGUCAUGAAACUUAAUGAGUUUUUAAAAGGGAAAUUAUCUGGUUCAUUCAUCAUAAAUGACAAUUUAUCCCAUUUUGAUAAUUGGAUUAAUCUUCUUAAUGAAAAUGACAUUUCCGCAGAAAUCGCGGAGAAUGAAAUAAAUUUUCUCGUUGGUGAUGAAAAAAGAUUAAAUAGUUAUAUCGAACAACUUCAAUAG